AUGCUGUGGAGCGUGGAUAUUUGGUGGGUGGCGAACCUGGUUAUGAACCUGCAGAUGUGGCAAGUGUGGCAAGUGGUGAGCUUGUUGUUGUCCAGGGGGGAAAUGCUGAUGAGGACCUUGCAUUGAAGAAAUAGGUGCUAGUUGUUGACCCUGAACUGGCAUCUGAGAUUGGGGGGGGCGCAUUUGGGAUUGCGGUGGCUGCUGGUGUGGGAAUUGGUUAGGCAUCGGAGAAGGAUGCUGAUGUUGCUGUUGUGGUACCCCAUGCUGCAGAGGAUACAGGUGCAUGGGACGCUGAUGUGCGGUAGCACCUGCCAUUUGAGGUUGAAGAUGCGGUUGAGGAAAAGACUGAUGACCUGUCACAGUAUGGGCUGGAGCAGUAUGCAGCUGGGGCUGGGGCUGGGGAUGGGGCUGGGGCUGUGGUUGACCCUGAAGAUGAUGCAAUUGAGACUGGGGAGGAGCUUGGUGCAGUGGAUGUGGCUGGUGCAGGGACUGAGAUUGGGCCUGGGUCUGCAGUUGCGACUGCAGAGGAGGCUGAGAAAUGGAAUGGGGUCGAGGAUGAGGUUGGGACUGCAUAUGCAGUCGGGGUUGCUGAGCUGGAGGUCGUGAUUGUGUCUGACCAUGAAAAUUAGGAUGUGACUGAGCAUUCGGUGGUUGCUGUUGGGGUUGCCCAGGUUGAUUUUGCCCAACCAUUUGCUGUUGCUGUUGUGGACGCGGCUGAUGUUGAAGAUGAGGAGGCUGUCCAUGAGGAAAAGAAUGGGGCUGAAGCUGAGGGAUCUGGCUUUGUUGUUGCCCCAUUGGCUGAACCAGAACUUGUGACUGUGUCGAUGGGUGCAUUUGCUGCUGCUGAAUUUGUGCAUGAAUUGGUUGUUCCACGCUUUGCAGUGCUUGUGUUUGGGGCUGCUGACCGACUGGUACGGUUUGGUUAUGGGAAUGGGAUUGCACCUGGGGAAGAGAAAGUUGUUGCGGAUGUGCUUGAGGUUGUGUCUGGGGAUGUUGCUGACCGUGAACCUGAGGAUGCUGCUGCCCCUGAACUGGAUGGGAUUGCCCAUACGCUUGUGGAUAUUGCUGUUGAACUUGUUGCGGAUGUGCUUGAUGCUGUGUCUGAGGAUGUUGCUGAGCGUGCACCUGAGAAUGCUGCUGCCCCUGCACUGGAUGGGAUUGCCCAUAUGCUUGCGGAUACUGUUGUUGAACUUGCUGCUGAUAAUAGCCAUACUGUUGGUACUGCUGCUGAUAUGGGUCAAAUCCAGGGUAUUGCUGAUAAUACUGCUGGUACUGCUGAUACUGCUGGUACCACUGCUCCUGUGUUGGAACCUGCGGUACAACUUGUGGUUGUGAGGCAACACUAGGCUGACCUUGGUCUUGGACUGGACCAGCAGGAGCUACAGCUGUUGCAGCGGGAUCUGUAG